AUGUCUGUUUCAGAUCCCAAAGAAGAGAAGGAGGAGGAGGAGGAGGAAUCUCCAGGCGUGCUGAGCCAUGGCUCCCCGGUGGGCCCAGCGCGGCCCAGCCGGGGCUGGCGCAGCAGCAGAACAUCCGCUCGCCAGCGCGACGCCGAGAACUCGCGCGCGUCCCGGUCCAAGACUGGCUCCCUGCAGCUCGUCUGCAAGUCAGAGCCGAACACAGACCAGCUGGAGUAUGAGGUCACGGAAGAGCAUCGGUCUCCAGCUGGAGUCAGCAGCGAUGAUGAUGAGGAGAUGCUCAUCAGUGAGGAAGAAGUUCCCUUCAAAGAUGAUCCCAGAGAUGAAACCUACAAGCCCCACCUAGAGAAGGAAGCACCAAAGCAAAGAAGAAAAGCUGCCAAGGGGAAGGAGGAGAAAGAAAGGCAGAAAGAGAUUAAAGUGGAAGUGAAAGAAGAGAAUGAGUUUCAGGAAGAUGAAGAACCACCAAGGAAGAGGGGAAGGAGGAGAAAGGAUGACAAGAGCCCAAGGCUGCCCAAGAGAAGGAAGAAGCCUCCGAUACAGUACGUGCGCUGUGAGAUGGAAGGCUGUGGCACAGUCCUGGCUCACCCGCGUUACCUGCAGCAUCACAUAAAAUACCAGCACUUAUUGAAGAAAAAAUAUGUGUGUCCCCAUCCCUCCUGCGGUCGGCUCUUCCGGCUCCAGAAGCAGCUCUUGCGGCAUGCCAAACAUCACACAGAUCAAAGGGAUUACAUCUGCGAGUACUGCGCCCGGGCGUUCAAGAGCUCCCACAACUUGGCGGUGCACCGGAUGAUCCACACGGGCGAGAAGCCCUUGCAGUGUGAGAUCUGUGGAUUCACCUGCCGGCAGAAGGCUUCCCUCAACUGGCACAUGAAGAAGCACGAUGCGGACUCCUUCUACCAGUUCUCCUGCAAUAUUUGUGGCAAGAAAUUUGAGAAGAAGGACAGCGUUGUGGCCCACAAAGCCAAGAGCCACCCCGAGGUGCUUAUUGCUGAAGCACUGGCUGCCAACGCGGGUGCCCUGAUCACCAGCACCGACAUCCUGGGCACCAAUCCCGAGGCCAUGGCACCACCCACCGAUGGGCAGGGCCUUCCACUGCUGCCCGACCCCCUGGGCAGCGCUCCCCCCGCGGAUUGCUUGCUGCUGAGCCCCGAGGGGAUGCCCAAGCCCUACUGCGGCGGGGCAGAGCGAGUGAGCCUCGUGGCUGAUGGCAAGCUCUUCGUGGGCAGCGGCAGCAGCGCCAACCCCGAGGGGCUGGUCAUGAACACAGAGAUCCUGGGAGCCACCACAGAGGUGCUCAUCGAAGAUUCAGACUCCACUGGACCCUAGUGGUGGGGGGAGCACCUGGGUGCUGGGACAGUUGGAACUCUGUAUUUAAAAGGAAAAGGAAAAAAAAAGAGGAAGCACUUACUGAAAGAGAGGAAAGUUAAACAAAACUUACAAUACUAGUAAAUAACUGAAGGGUCUGCUCCCCUCCAGCGCGGAUCACAGCACAUCCUCUUUCUCCCAACCACUUCUCUCUCUCCCACGGCUCCUUUGUGGGAAGGGGCACGUGCUGCCAUUACCAGAGCAAGUUGGAUUGAGCGACGGAUUUCCCCAGGGGAGGGGGCACUGCCGAAACCCUU